AUGGCCGCUCAAAAGUCAGAUGAGAUUGGAUCUAACAGACGACAGAUUUCCAAGAAUGACACUUUCAAUGAUGUCAAGCAGUUUCUUUUAGAGCUGGGCAUCUCUCAGCAGCCAUUGACUUGUUUUGGUUUGGUUCUGGAUAAUCAGAGAGUUGAUCUGUUUACUCCUAUUGCCGAGAUUGUUCCUGAUGUAGAGGACGAGGCCGAAAUCAAGCUCACUAUCGCUCCUGAGGCUUACACCGAGUCCGAGGCCAGAUUCCAGGUCGUUCAAGUUAGAGACUAUCUUGGAUUCAACUCCGGUUCUGUUGGCAAUUCCAACAAUUUCACCUCUGUUCAAGCUGGUAUAUCAACUUUCAGUUCUCUCGAAUCAUCCCUUGUGUCUGCUGCCAACGAUGUGAAGAAGGCUGCUGCUGAGGGCGAGGUCGAGUUUGCCAAGUAUGAAAAGGAGAGAAUCAAGAAGGAGGCUGAGGAGGAGAAGGAAAAGGAAAAGAAAAUGAAGGAGGACGAGAAGAAGGCUCAAAAAGAAGAGAAGGACGAAGCCAAGGACGAGGAAAAAACCGAGUCUGAAGAGACCAAGAAGGAAGACUCGCCUGCUGAACAACCUAAAACUCCUACUGUCAAUGACUUUAUUAACUUAAAGGUUGGUCAAUUGCACCAACAGCACAUUGAGAAUCAUCCUCUUAUCGAUGUUGAAAAGAACCUUGGUAGCUGGAUUCCUGCACUUACUGAGCUUGUUCCUUCGAUUCGUAAGGAUCCUAGCCCUGCUGUUCGUUCUCUUCAAUUGUCUCAAUGGAACCCUCCUCCUCCACAACUCAAAAUUAAGGGUGACUUGCUUUAUCUUCACCUUGUCACUCUGGAGGGAAAGACUUUUCACAUCACCGCCACUAUUUAUGGAUUCCAUGUUUCCAACUCUUCCACCGACAGAUUCGAUCCUAGUCCUAAGAAGAUCAAUGGAAAGUUUUACAAGAAUACCUCCUUGUUGGAGCUAUUAAAGUCAUUGUCUCCUGCAAUUGCCACUCAUUUGAAGAGCGUUGCUGAGUCCACUAAAGAUAUUUCUCUGUUAUCCAUUGCUAGACCCACUAAUUCUUUCUUGGCCAACCCAUGGCAAGUGCGUCCUACUGACUUGUCCACCUGGAACACUGCCGACCUCGGUCGUACUCAAGAACUUUUGAACUCCAACACUUUGGACAACGCCGAUGCUUCAACUGCUACUGCCCGUGACUGGAAUGAGGAUUUCCAAUCUACCAGAGAGCUUCCUAAGGUCGACGAGGAAGGUAACAGUAACAUGCAAGAGAGAGUUCUUAGAGAACGUUUGUUGAACAAGCUCUCAUUUGAUUUUGCUGAAGCUGCUGUUAAGGGUGCCAUUUCCAUUGUUAACGGCGAUCUUGUAGCCCUUAAUCCUAAUGAGAAGACUGAAGCACAGAUCUUUUUGAACAAUGGUAUCUUUUACUCAUUUGGUGCUGAUGGUGUCGGUACUUUUGGUGAACAAGGUGGAAAUGAUGGUGCUAGAGCCGCUGCUGGUAAAGAUAUUGCUGGUGUCAACUAUAUCACCCAAUUGGACAUUGACGGACUUUCUCCUCUUUGCACUACUCUUAUUGACUACUGUGGUCGUCGUAUUGUCGCCCAAGCUCCUGUUCCCGGUAUCUUCCGUGAGACCACUGAUGACAAGAAUCAAAUUGUCUAUGGUAGUAUCGACAAUGGCGAGAAGAUUGUUAAUGAUGAGUCUUUUGUCCCACUAAUGGAGAAAAUCGCUGAUGCCUGUCACAUUUCUUCCCACAAGGUUUUCGACAAUGAGGGCAAUGCUACUGAGCUUGUUACCUCGUCUGAACUCAAGGGUUUGCUAGGUACUGAUGGCCGUAAAUAUGUUCUGGAUCUUUUCAGAGUCACUCCUCCUGAUCUUACCUUUAUUGAAAACCACUUUAAUCCUGAGAAGGAAGACUCGUAUCCUCACAGUUUGUCUGUUCUGCGUAUUGAAGCUGUUGACGAGUGGUGGAAAUCUGGCCUUCGUGCCAAAUUUGUCGAACUUGAGGCCAGUAGAAAAAAGAAAAAUGAAACUGCUGAUGGCGACUCUAGCGAAAAGGAGCUCAGUGAAGAAGAAUUAAAAGCUCAACGUGAAGAGGACGAAAAAAUUGUUUCCGAGUACUCUAAGAAUGUCAGAUUUAACCCAGACGUUUUGCAGGAUAUUUCCAAGAUCCCUGCUCAACAUGUUGAAGAGUUCAAGAAAGACCAGGACCAAGUUAGAGCCAUCUCUAAGCAUCUUACUGAAGUUAUUAUUCCCAAGCUCAUUUCUGAUAUUUCUGGAGGUGUUAUUUCUACUCCUGUUGUCGGCUCUCAAAUCACUAGUACUCUUCACAAGAGAGGUAUCAACAUGAGAUAUUUGGGUCUGCUCCACUCGCUAGCUGAAAAGGAAGGAAAGCCUCUUGAAACUUUCAGAAAGCUUCUUGAACAGGAAGCAAUCUCCAGAUCUAUUAAGCACUCUGUCAACAGCUUGAUCUCUUCACUCCCUGCUCCUCUUGUUCCUGCUGCUAUUGUCCACUAUUUCAACUGCUUACUGGGAUUCAAGGUUAACUCGUCACCAGCUAUCGAUCUCGAUGAUUCUCUUAUCGCUCUUUAUCCAUCAGCUGGUAUUGAGGCGUUGAAGACUCUUGAUGUUGCUGCUGUCAGAAGCCAAAUUGUUGAGCAGGUUCGCAAGAGAUUCCAAAUUUCCCUUCCUGAAACAUGGAUUGACAAUUUGUACUUACGUUCUGUCUUCAGGGAAGCAUCUAUUAAGCUUGGCUUGCAAUGGGCCUCAAAGAAUUACGACUUUGACAAUAAGAACGUUGCUGUCAAUGGUUCCGCCUCUUCCAGAAACUUACUCUCAAAUGCCGACCUUGUUAAUAUUGUCCCCGUUCUCAAGCACUCCACUUUCAAGAGUUUGAUUGCUGAAGAGGCAUUGGAGAGUGGUCGUCAAAGUGUUUACAGGGACGAGACCGAUAUCGGCAAGGAACUGCUUGGCGAAUCUCUUUCUAUCCAUGAGCAAGUUUACGGUGUUAUUCACCCUGAUGUCGCUCGUGCUUAUAGUCAAGUAGCCCUUGUCUAUCACGAACUUGGAGAGGACGAUAUCGCUGUUGAACUCAGUCGCAAGGCUAUCAUUAUUGCGGAACGAACUUUGGGUGCUGAUUCUGCUGAAACCCUCUUCAUGUGUCUCAACUUGGCGCUUUUUGAACAUACAAACAAGAACACCAUCGGGGCUUUACACAUUGCUCGCCAUGCAUUGAAAUACUGGAAUGCUGUCACCGUUCCUGAACACCCAGACAAUAUCACUACUAUGAACAACGUUGCUACUAUGCUCCUCAAUAUGAAGGCUUUUGAUAGUAGUCUCAAGUGGUACCAAGCCUGCAUUGAUUUGAGUACUAAGAUCUAUGGUGAGGAAAGCUCUAUUGUAGCCCAAUUUUACUUCCACAUAUCCCAACCUCAAGUGUACCUCAAAAAGUUCAAGACUGCUGUCAACUCUAUGAGAAAGAGCCAUGAGAUCUUUAACAAGAUCUACGGCCCUGACAAUGCAAACACUAAGGACUCGAAGCAAUGGCUUGAUCAGUUGGUCCAGGCUGCUGUGAAUGAGGCCAAGAUUCAAAAGAUGCUACCUCAGUUUCAACCCCACAGAGAACUGAACGUAAUCCGCGAGGAAACUAAACCAGUUUCUACUGACAAUACUACUACCAAGACCUCAUCUAAAAAGAAGGGUACAUUAGGUAACAAGAGCAUCGAUGAGCUCUUGACCUACAUCAACGGCUCGUCAUCGAAGGGCAAGAAAAAUUCUAAGAAGGCGAAGUCCACUAACUAA